UGUAUCUCGAGGUUUUAUGUCUCAUAAGGAUCCAGGUGAUAUCCACUACUUUGGUCAGAUGCCUGCUCUUAGUGACUGCCUCUACAGAUACAUGUACCAGUCAAGAUAUAUGGCCUUCCAGGACCCAGAUGAGCUCAUCUUGCCCCAGUCUGUCGACAGCUGGUUGAAGUUGUUGCCUGUGCUGGAGAAGAGAUAUGGUGCUAACAAGUGUUACAUGUUUGAGAACAACGUGUUUCCCAGAGAGAGAUCGCUGCCUCCUCCCAAGCCCCAGGUUUUGCCCAAACAGAACCAGUGGCAGAAUGUAGCAGGGGUAAACAUCCUAGCUCACCUGUACAAAGAACCUAUCAUGCCUCAGUUUAAAUGGGCCAAGUUUAAAAUCAUCGUCAACCCCAGAGCUGUGUUUACCAUCACCGUCCACGGAGUGGUAAAAUCCCAAAAGGGUUGUGCCUGGAUCGACAGAAACAUAGCGAGGAUGUACCACACAAGGGCUGAAAUGCAACCCAAGCUUAGAGACGACCAGUUAAUUUAUGAUGGCCGACUGCUGAGCUACAGCUCACCUCUCAUAGCAGCUGUUGAAACCGUGUUGACAGAGACCCAACUUCUACCUGGAGACGGCACAAAGUGACGACUCAAUAUCCUCUGAUUU